AUGGCCUCGUACUCUAUCUCUGCCCACGCCGCCGUCCUCCCGGGCAAGGACACGCCCGUGCCGGCAACCCUCACCAUCACCAAUGGCAAGAUUACCGCCAUUGCUGAAGGUGUCGACGAGGGCGCGGACGUGGUCGUCGCCGAGCCCAAGGUCCUGCUCCCUGGUCUUGUCGACGCCCACGUCCACCUCAACCAGCCCGGCCGUACUACCUGGGAGGGCUUUGCGACUGGAACCGCUGCCGCCGUCGCGGGCGGCGUGACGACCAUCAUCGACAUGCCGCUCAACUCCAUCCCGCCCACGACGACGCUGGAAGGCCUGGCCGAGAAGCGCGCCGCGGCCCUCGAGACGGGUGUCAAGUGCGACGUGGGCUUCUGGGGCGGCAUUGUCCCCGGCAACGCCGACCAGCUCGUCCCGCUUCUCGAGCAAGGCGUCAAGGGCUUCAAGUGCUUCCUGAUCAACUCGGGCGUGGACGAGUUCCGCCAUGUCGAGGAGUCCGACCUGGUGAUCGCGUGCGACGCGCUGGCAGCGGCCAACACGAACGCCUUGGUCCUCUUCCACGCCGAGCUGGAAAAGCACGCCCACGAGGGAGCUGAACCCAGCCACGAGAGCCCCGACGCCUACUCUACGUUUUUGGCCUCGCGCCCCGAAUCGCUCGAGACGGACGCUCUGGCACUCAUCCUCUCGCUCGCGCGUCGCUACCCGACACUGCGGUUCCACAUUGUCCACCUGUCCGCCGCCGAAGCGCUUCCCGCCAUCCGCGCCGCGCGGUCCGGAGCCGACGGCGGCAGCCCCGUCGCCAACCUCACUGUCGAGACGUGCUUCCACUACCUGACCCUGCGUGCCGAGGACAUUCCCGCCAACGCCACGCAGUUCAAGUGCUGCCCGCCGAUCCGCGACGAGACGAACCGCCUCGCCAUCGUCGACGCGGUCCUGGACGGCACGAUCGACUUUGUCGUCUCGGACCACUCGCCGUGUACCCCCGAGCUGAAGAAGGGCGACUUUAUGAGCGCGUGGGGCGGCAUCUCGGGCCUGGGCUUUGGCCUGCCGCUGCUGCAUACGCAGCUGGCCGGUAAGGUGACUCUGCCCCGGCUCGUGCACCUCCUGGCCACGGCACAGGCGCGCCAGGUGGGGCUGGACAAGACCAAGGGGUCGAUCCAGGUCGGCGGGGAUGCCGACCUGGUCAUCUUCGACCCCACGACAGAGUACAGCUUGAGCGAGCACGACCUGUUCUUCAAGAACAAGCUGUCGCCGUACCUCGGCCGCAAGCUUGUGGGGCGGGUCGAGCGGACCAUUCUGAGGGGCGAGGCCGUCUACGUGGCUGACAAGGGCCACAUGGGCGUGAGUGGUGUGCUCGUGUGA